AUGCGCCGAAUACCGGUUCCCAACGCUCUUUCAAGACAAACCACUCUGCCCAGUCGCCGGCAUCUCUCAAGUUCUUGCCACAAUCGUCUCCGCCAUGAAAAGCACGAGCACGACGACAUCGUGGAGCUGGCGUUCCACCGCCAUAGCCCGCCAGAGAAGACGAGUAUCAAGGGUCCCGGUCCUCUAAUCAUCAUGCACGGGCUGUUCGGGUCGCAGCGCAAUAAUCGGACUCUGACGAAAGAUCUCUCCCGUCCCGUCUACACGAUCGACCUCCGCAAUCAUGGCGACUCCCCUCACUCGCCUGUGCACACGUACACGGCCAUGUCACGAGACGUGGAACAUUUCCUCGACACUCACAAAAUCACCUCUCCCACGCUGAUCGGCCAUUCAAUGGGCGCCAAAGUCGCAAUGACACUCGCGCUCCGCCAACCAGAGAAAUACUCCGCGCUGGUGCCGGUGGACAACGCCCCGGUCGACGCAGCUUUGAAGGGUGAUUUCAGCAAAUACCUCGACGCGAUGAAGGAGAUUGACGAAAUGAGACCCCGCCCCAAGAGACAGAGCGAGGCGGACAAGAUCCUCAUGAAAUACGAGCCGGACCUGACCAUUCGACAGUUCCUUCUGACGAAUCUGGUCAAGGUGCCCGUCCACACCCCACCCGGAGGAUCGUAUGAACAGAAAUCGCACGGCACGUCGUCGCCCGUGCAGCACCAUGGAGGACGAAGAGGAAAGCACGAGACCGAGCUGCGAUUCCAGAUCCCCCUGCACACCCUUGCAAAAUCCCUGCCCGACAUGGCCGAUUUCCCGUUCAAAGAUCCCGACACCCACAAAUACAAAGGCCCCACGCUUGUUGCCAGAGGCACAAAGAGCCAUUACGUGGCGGACGAGACGUUGCCGGUGAUAGGCAGGUUCUUCCCCAAGUUUGAACUUUUGGACUUCGACUGCGGGCACUGGGUGAUGAGCGAGAAGUUCGAGGACUUUAGGAGGUCGCUUGUGGAGUGGGUUGACAGGGUCGUCGACGAGACGUAA